GGUUCUGAAACUACAGAGGAGCGGUUUAAGCGUUAUAGACGCUUCCUCUGGAGCAGGUGGACUGCAUACAUGCUCAUAGUGAGGCACAGAGACGAUAUUAUUCUCAAAGAAGGUGAAAGUGACGGCUCACAUUUGGGAAAACGCCAGUCGUGCCGGUAAAUUGACCCAGUGUCGUCGCGCGCUGCGCAGGGAGUUCCGGCGUUCAUUCCCCUCACGAGCUUCAUUGGUACUUCACUAAAUGUACGGAGACGGACCUACUCUGGAUUACUUCUGACGCUAUUUGGAAACUGGCAUGAAUAGGAGUUCAACAUCACCAACGGAAUGACCUGCUGGUGAUUUCGCUCAGCAAUCUUCGGGUGCCUUGCAACUUCCUCAAAGAGCAUACAGUCAGGAUCAGGGCUGUUAUUUUAAACUCGCAUGUUAAGAAACUCAAAUAAUUAAAGUAAAUCAUGCGUUUUACAGUUCGUAUGUUAAACAGUCGUCGCGACAAAUGACUGCUUUAAAUAGCGAGUGUAUAACUAUGACGAGAAGAUGCCUGCUGACGUUCAAGCCGUUCAGGAUAUUUGUGGCGGGGAUCGGUUUCUUCAGUCUGUGCUUCUUAAUGACCUCUCUGGGGGGGCAGUUCUCGGCCAAGCGACUGGGCGAUUCCCCAUUCAGCAUCCGAACUGAAGUGUUGGGAGGUCUGGAGUCUCGUGGGGUCCUGAGGAAGAUCAGCGAUAUGUUGGAGAUAAUCAUGAAGAGGAUCGACACCCUAUCAAAAAUGAGCAACAGCAGCGAGUCCCACAGACUGGAGGAGCUGAGCUCUGCUCUCCACAGAUUCCAGCCGGUGGGUCUGGUGGAGCGAAUCCAGGCCAUCGCUCAGAAUGUGUCUGACAUGGCUGUACGAUUGGAGCAGAUUCUGAAGAAUACGAACAUCCCCGCCAGAGGCCGAGAUGGAGUUACAGGCCAGUGCGACGUCCCGAAGGAUCCCAGGUACCCGGAUUGCGCUAGUAAAGUUGAUUGGAUGAGAGCAAGGUGGACAUCGGACCCUUGCUACUCCUUUUAUGGAGUGGAUGGCUCCGACUGCUCUUUCCUCGUCUACCUUAGUGAAGUGGAGUGGUUCUGCCCCCCACUGGCCUGGAAGAAUCAAAGCAGUCAUCCCACAUCAAGCAGCCUGCCGAAAAGACAGGCAUAUUUCCGCUCCGAUCUGUCUCUACUGUUGGAGCGAGUCGGCUCGGGUAAAGAAUCUCUAAGCUUCAUGAGGAGGCGUAUGCGCAGAUUGGCUGCGCAGUGGGCUGCAGCUGCACGCAGACUUGACGAGCGACUGCGUGGUCAGUACAGAGAGCAGAAGAGGAUCCUGGUGCAUGUGGGCUUUCUGACCGAGGAAUCUGGUGAUGUGUUCAGUCCAAAAGUGUUGAAGGGUGGCCCACUCGGAGAGAUGGUGCAAUGGGCAGACAUCCUGACCACCCUUCACGUGCUGGGACAUAACCUCAAAAUAUCACUCUCAGUCAAAGAACUGCAGGGGUCACUUGGCGUACCUCCAGGUAGAGGAAGCUGUCCUCUUACUGGCCCGUUGCCCUUCGACCUCAUCUAUACAGACUACCACGGCCUGCAGCAGAUGAAACAGCACAUGGGCCUUUCCUUUAGACAGCACAGGUGCCACAUCCGUGUCAUUGACACCUUCGGCACGGAGCCAGCAUACAAUAAUGAGGAGUACGCCACACUGCAUGGAUACAGGACCAACUGGGGCUACUGGAACCUCAACUGCAAACAAUACAUGACCAUGUUCCCACACACUCCUGAUAACUCAUUCAUGGGUUUUGUGACCGAGGAACUAAACCAGACUGAGCGAUUCAAUAUAAGGAGGGGCAAAGUCAACAACAUGGCUGUGGUUUACGGCAAAGAAGCCAGUAUGUGGAAGGGUGAGGAGAAGCUGCUGACCAUCUUACACCGUUACAUGGACAUCCACGGGACAGUGUACUAUGAGGCCCAGCGGCCCCCAGAGGUGCCCGCAUUUGUCAGGAACCACGGUUUACUGCCCCAACAGGAGCUACAGCAGCUUCUGAGGAAGGCUAAGCUCUUCUUGGGGUUUGGCUUUCCCUAUGAAGGUCCCGCCCCUUUAGAGGCAAUAGCCAAUGGCUGUGUGUUCCUGCAGCCCAAGUUCAGCCCCCCUCACAGCUCCCUCAACCAUGAGUUCUUCAGAGGGAAGCCCACGUCCAGAGAGGUGUCAUCUCAGCACCCAUACACUGAACAGUACAUCGGCAAACCCCACGUCAUAACAGUAGACUUCAACAACUCUCAAGAAUUCGAGAUGGCUGUUCAAGAUAUUCUCAAAGAGAAGGUGGAGCCAUUUAUACCAUAUGAGUACACAUGUGAGGGCAUGCUGGAGAGAGUGAACGCUUACAUUCAACAUCAGGAUUUUUGUCGCCACAGCAGUCCAUUCCCUACAGCCAAUGAAUCCAGAUCAUGGCCUGGGAAUCCCCCCAGUCCUUUCUUCCAGCUGCCCAACUCCACAGCUUUGAUCUGGGCUCCGAACAUCACUGCUCCGGCCUGCUGGCCACCCCUCAGCGCCCUCCGGCUCUUCCUGUCCUCAGAGGACUCGUCCUGUGUGAAAACCUGCCAGGAUGCCGGGCUAAUCUGCGAGCCAUCUUACUUUCCUUUCAUCAACAAUAUGGAGGCCUUCAAUGGGCUUAACGCUCAGUGCGAGUCUUUAGAAGCGGAGAAGAACCACGUGUUUCCGGCCGUACAAGUGGACAGUAGAGAGUGUUUCCAGCAAAAGGAGCCGCUGCUGUUCAGUUGCGCUGGAGUCAGCGCCAAACACCAGCGGCUUUGUCCGUGCAGAGACUACCUCCACGGCCAGGUGGCGCUAUGCAGGGACUGCCUUUGAGCUUUCACCAGAGACCCCCGGAGAUGUCUGUGGUAAACUGAGGCCAGUCCUGCACAGUCAAACAUGUCCCCAGAACGCCGGUAUCAACAGGUUCGUGGGAACUGUUGGACUGAAGUGUCCUCACUCUCAGUUACUUUGAUCCAAAGCUAAACUUUGCCUCCAGCUGAGCUAGUGAGUAUAAGCGAGAAGGUAACCUGAUGUUAUGAGGUUCAACAUCUAUGGAGACUAUCUGAAAGAGUUGGGCUGGUGGUGGUUUCAAGAGUGGACAACGUGAGCAGAAAAUAAAUGCAAAAUAGGGUUUCGAGUUUGGUUUUUGAGCUCCUUUGUAAUACAGGUCAGACUCUAGAAAAGUUGUAGCUUUGGGAAUGUUGAAAGUGCCAGAACUGUACAUGAAUUUUAAAGUCAACUUGAAAGAUUAUAGAGUCCUGCAGGGAUUAUGUAUUUGUGUAGGCCAGAACCCUAAAACAAGAUGCAUCUCAGCAAUCCCAUCCUGAAGUAAGUGGGUUUUUAAACAUAUUUUUUUUUUUUUUUUUUUUGUUAAAUGCAUGAUAAAGGUCUGUGUUUAACACAAAAUCAAGAUACUUUCCUUCUUUCGAAAGUUGUUUUUUUCAACUGCAUAAAAUACAUCAUACCCACUUGUAAUUUUUAAUCAAGGUGAUGCAACCUUCCAGGUUGACCUAUAAAAAUUCAUCGUCGUUGCAGUGCUCUUUACACAACCUAUUUUAAUGCGUUAUAUUUUGGAGAAUCUUGAAAUCGUAGCAAAUGGCAUUAUGAUUUGAUCAAAUAAGAGUUUCACAGAAAUAUAGGGUGAGACAUGAUUCCAUCCAUCAGGAUCUGACUGGAUUGUGUGAAGUGGAUGUAACAUACCAGGAUAAAGUCACAUAAUCAUUUUGCGCAAAACCAGUUAAGCGCAAACCCUGCUCCACUGCCGAAUGAAUCAGUAAACUAAAACACACAUUCAUCUCUUAAGAAAAGUUCAGACCUAAUGGAUUCAGUUCAGAGUUCAGAAAACUCAUGGACAUGAUUGAGACAAACAGUGCUGCUAUCUAUCCAGAUGUUCUGCCAGCACUAUACUGAGGCUAACAUUUAGGGUUUAAUGAGUUGUUAGGCCGUGAUUGACACAACCGGUGAAAUAGUUAGAAACUGCUGCAAGGAUUUAGAAUCACCCAAUUGUGUCUGAGCUCAGUCUGAAGUGGUUUGUAAAGAAAUAUUUUCCUUUUAAACCACCUCUGGUAUGUACUUUUGAAGAGGCUCUUUGACCAGAAUCCACCUGCAUUACCAACAACAGUAUCCUGAAACAGCCUGACUAAUAUCUUUUUUUGUCUGCUGUUGAACACAAACCCUUUCAGACACGUUGAUGUAGCUUUGCGUUAGAGUUUCAAGUAGAAACAUUCUUGUGAACAUGUAUGUCCGUUUAGGAGAAGAAAAAGCAACUUAGGAAAUGGUUUGUUAGCUGUAGUUUCUAUGCAACUUUGGGUCUGCAUUACCACCGCAAUAUAGGCAUAUAAUACACAUUUUACACUUUUUAAAGGUAACAUUACAGAUUGGCAAUUUAUACGAUUAAUUAUGAAAUAUAUUCAUUGUUUAAGUUAAAACAUGGUGGUUUGUCACAAUAUUCACUAUGCAUAAAUGCAAAAUAGAUUUAAUGGAUUUAAAGGGUAAAGGUGAAACAUGGCAGUAGAAUCAAGAUCCGUGUUAACUCUUUAUUUGAAGGUAAAAUUGUUACUACACAAAUAAGUACUGCGUCAUUUAAUUAAAAACACACACUGUAGGGUUAAGGUUAGGGUUUGCUUCAUGGUUAGUUGCUUGCAAUUCUGCAUACUUUGCUGUUUUUAUAUAGAAAGUGCAUGUAACAUAUGUACUGUCACUUUAAAAUUAACCGUUUUCCAGAUCCAGUCAUCAUUUUUUAUCACUGGAUGCUUUGAAUUCAAAGAAAACAAAUAAAUAAACAAACUAAAUCAAUCAAUCAAUCAAUCAAAAUCAAUCAGAAAGCCUGGAAUGUGCUACAGACUGCAACAGACCUCACAAACUUUUGGCGCCAAACCAAUAAAAUCUUACUCUUGUUGGUAUUACUUUGAUAAUUUGUAACAUGUUCAUGACAGUUGAACUGAAUGCAAAAUCAUUUUUGAAUCCAAACAUGAAGGGUUAACUAGCCGAAGUGGUGCAGGUUAUAAUAUUUUGAUGAAAGUUUACAGAGAAUGUGUUCUUAACAAUAUCAUGUACUAUAAGACCAGCUGUGCAUAUUAUGUAAUUUUGGUUUAAUGUUGACUUCUAAGUUCAUAUGGAAUAAAGAUAUCUGCUGUGGAAAAAAAAGUGAAAUAUUUACAGGUUUACUCAAAUUCAUUGUGUAAAUACUGUAUGUGCAUUUUACAUAUUUCAUAUGCACUAUUGUUUGUACAAAAUAAAAUAUACUUUUAAAA